AGUUACAAUAGAAUUCAAAAUAAACUUUAUUAGAUUGGAUAGACUGAAAGGGCGUACUCCAUAUAUACGAUUACAAGGGCACAUAUAACCGCUCGGCAGAUUAUAUAUCACGCAAGACGUAAAUUCUGUGUGUUUAAGUAGACGAUUGUUCAUCAGGUCGGCCGAUUAUCUUUCAAAGAUUAUUCCCGCGUUUGCUCUCUAAGGUGAUGAGGAUGUCGACGCCGGCGAGGAAGAGAUUGAUGAGGGAUCUUAAGCAGUUACAUCAGGAUCCUCCUGCUGGCAUCAACUGUGCACCUUAUGAUAAGAAUAUAAUGUUAUGGAAUUCUGUUAUAUUUGGUCCUCAUGAUAGUCCCUGGGAUGGAGGUACAUUUAAGAUGACACUUCAAUUUUCAGAGGAUUAUCCUAACAAGCCACCAAGAGUGCACUUUAUCUCCAGAAUGUUCCAUCCAAAUAUUUAUGCUGAUGGGAGUGUUUGUUUGGACAGCUUGCAAAAUCAGUGGACUGGAGCAUAUGACAUAGCUGCUAUACUUACCUCAAUACAGUCUUUACUCUGUGAUCCAAACCCUAAUUCACCAGCUAAUUCAGAAGCAGCACGCCUAUUUAGAGAGAACAAAAGCGAGUACAACAGGAAGGUGCGUGAAAUAGUUGAACAGAGCUGGACUGACUUCUCUGUGGCUAAACACAUUACAUGGCAUUCUGCUGGUCAAGUUGUCUGCAUCAAACUAAGAUGGUUUUUUCAGUGUAUUUGCUACAUCAUUAAUCAAUGUAGCACAAAGUACUUGAAGUCACAUUCUCUCUGAAUUCUAAGUGAAAGGCCUGAAGUACAAAAUAGAGUAUGAACACUGCCAGCAUUGUUCGUUGUUUGUUCCAUGUGCAGAAGCAAAUCUUUCUUUGUGUCAACUCUAGUGAAUGUUAUAGGUCUGAAUUGUAGUCUCUUAUCAGCUUUCUUUGAAGUGUUUAGUGAGGUCAGACUUUGUCUAAAGUUGUUUUAUGUGUUUUUCACCUCCUCGAAUAUUUUUUUUUUUUUUAUAUUAAAUACUUAUAGUUGGUUUGAUA